AUGCCGCUCCAGAAGCUUUCUACUCUCCUAGAUGCACUGCGUAACAUUGUUAUCUGCAAUGAUGUUUCAUUGCGAAGCCAGCCUGUUAUCUACAAUCCAGACUUUUUUGUGGAGAAGCUUCGGCAUGAGAAUCCGGAGGUGUUUACCGAGCUGGUGGUCAGUAAUAUUACAAGAUUAAUUGAUCUGCCUGGUACAGAGUUAGCUCAGUUGAUGGGUGAGGUGGAACCAAAACUUCCUGGACAGGGCGGAACAGCCUCCUUCUUCAAGUCCCUCAAUUUUCUCAAACGUAAAGACAAAGGCAUAGUGUUUGGAGCACCUUUGACAGAAGAAGGCAUUGCACAAAUAUACCAGCUUAUUGAGUACCUACAUAAACAUUUGCGCACAGAAGGGUUAUUCCGUAUCCCCGGGAACAGCAAUCGGCAGCAAAUUCUCAAAGACUGUCUCAAUGGUGGAACGGAUAUUGAUGUGGAUUCUGGUGAAUUUCACCCUAAUGAUGUUGCCACAAUACUGAAAAUGUUCCUGGGAGAAUUGCCGGAGCCUCUUCUGACAAAAAGGCAUUAUCACGCUCAUUUAAAGAUUGCAGACCUAAUGCUUUUUGAUGACAAGGGAUACCGGACGGGGACUCCCGAUAAGGAAAGACAAAUGGAGGCUCUGCAGCUCCUAUUCCUGUUGCUUCCGUCCCCCAACAGGAAUCUUCUCAAACUGCUGUUGGAUCUACUGUAUCAAACUGCAAAGAAACAGGACCGCAACAAGAUGUCCGCCCACAACUUGGCUCUGAUGUUUGCCCCACACAUCAUAUGGCCUAAGAAUGUCACAGCCAAUGAUUUGCAAGAACAUAUAAUAAAGCUGACAAACGGAGUGACAUUUAUGAUAAAGCAUUCACAAAAGCUUUUUAAGGCCCCUCCAUACAUAAGGGAAUAUGCCCGAGAAUAUGUCGGUGGGAGCAAGACUCCGUCAUCAAAGGAUGACCUGGACUUGCUGUCCUCACAAACUCGGACUGAGUUUCCAUUUGGAAAGAGUCAGAAGAGAAGCAGAUUGGCUUCAUCGCCCUCGUCUUCGACAUCUCAGCAGGAGCUGACGCAGCAACGUACUGAGCAGGCACUACGAGAACUCUUCCAGCAUGUCCACAACAUGCCGGAUUCUACUAAAAAGAAAAAGCUCCUUCGCCAGUUCAAUAAACAAAACCCAGGAACACCAGAUGUCACUGCUGGAAAUAGACACACUCGCUCACGUUCUUUUAGUGGAAUGAUUAAGGUAAAGCUCUGCUGUUUGCUUGAAAGCUUGUCCCUUCUGCUGCUGCUGAUAAUUGCCUUCCUUGUGUCCACCCUUCGCACCUUUAAAAUAUUUGGUACCUUUUGGAUACCAAAUCUCUUUCCUCUUCCCUUCCUCCCCUUGGUAUCCCAAGAGUCUCCUGCAGUGUACUUCACCCGGGCAAAACUGAGACUUUCUGAUGACUCCCAGGAAAGAAAAAUCAGGAAAGAGGUAACGGUUGUUGCCAGGAUAACUAGAGACGGUGAAUCUUCCUAA